GAAGUUAUGCGUUGGCUAAUAUAUGCAGCUAGGCGCUUCAGUGCUCUUUACCCAUGCUUACAUGCGGGCUUGUCGCGUAGUCGCAAAGCUGGUUGAAGACAACCUUUGGUCAAACGACUGUAUGCUUUAGGUUGCGAAGCACUGACAGCCAUGACAGGCUUCAAGAUUGCCUUGAUUGGGCUGUAGUCAAUACAAGGGCGUGACCAGGGGAAACUAAAGGGUGGGUUACUAGAAGAAUGUUUAAUUUUUUCUAACAAAACUAAACUCAAACACCUUAUCAAUCAAUUACCUAACUUUGACGCAUGUGUCAACCCGAUUCUAAUCAAUCGAGCCUGCAAUGGGUAUAAAAAAAUAAUGGCUCUACAUCUAGUUUUUCUACAGUUUGUCUGUAGUCUUUCUUGUUAUACCAUUGCCAUACCAUACAGUCUGAACAAGGUAAUUAAAAACUAGAGAAAGUAACAAGCCCAAAACAAGUCACAACUUAUUGAUAAUUGGACAGAUACUCUAUGCUUCUAUAAAAAAUGGUUCGUCGACUCUGCCGUCAAUUUUUUCUUUAUUAUAACUUCUACAGGGCAGACUUAGGUUUAUGAUCCAUAAAAGAACAUCACUAUUUAGGCAUUUUGAAUUAUUAAAAUAAAUGAAUUUUUAGCUAAAUCAAAAACAGCGCGUUUCCUGGAUACAAAAUUUUAUCUUUGUAUCAAAAACAAUGGCUACAUACGUGAAGAUACCGUUUAUUAAUGUUAUUGGUAUUGUUUUUACAUUUACGUUGUAUCUGCUCGUAAACUAAACAUUUCUCCACACCCUCAACUGAACGAUUAGCGGAUAUAAUUUAGCGUAAGUGUUUUUUCCCAGGGUUUUGUUGAAAGUUUUGCUGUUUUGGGUGGAGGCAAGAAAACAUGACUUUACUACGCUAAAUCGAUCUCAGUUAUUAAACAUUACAACUCGCAAAGGUCGAUGCAUCAUAUUACAGAAUUUUAGAGUUAUGUUUGAAAUGAAAUUUCCUGAAAAAAUAUCCUACAUUGCACAAGUAUCUUGCACGAGUUUUUUUUUUAUGUCAUUGUUGGUAAUUGUUUAGAAAAUACUUGGUCAAUCAAUGACGUUUAUCCAUUGAGGAAGUCCAUUUUUUACUAUAGCCGUAAACAGAAGAUCAACCUCACGUUCAAAACGUUCGAGACGUGCUAUAUCGAUCUUGUUAUUAUUCAUUACAACUGGCAAGUGAUUUAAGGUCGAUUCAUCGUAUUUCUACAGCAUUUUGGAGUUAUGUUUGAAAUGAAAUAUCCUGGAUGACUGUAUCCUAGAUUGCACAAGUAGCUUGCACAAGUUUGGACGUCACUCUUGGUGAUUGUUUAUUAAAAGACAAGGAAGUCCAAAUCUUUUUUUCAAGAAAGAAAGUCAAAACGGAAGAUCGACGUCAUCUGCGAGACGUUCGAAAAGUGCUACUUCUGUCAAAACACAAUUUCAAUAAAAGCAUGUCUAGCACAAGACGUGGUCAGAAAGGCCUCUAACAGAACAGUGACAACAGCUAUAGGACUAAUUUUAUCAAAAUGCCGACAAAUUUGAAAAGACUCACAAGUUCGUCUUCGCCACCAAGUCCGACCGAGAGUUCUAAAAGACUGGAAGCGAACAAGAAAGAGAGAAUGCGAGUGCAGAAAAUGAAUAACGCGUUUCAAGAUUUGAGACGGGUGUUGCCCAAAUGUGAGUCCCAAACUAAGAUAGACCUGCUCUCGUCUGCAAAGAAACAUAUCGAAUAUCUGACAGCUCAGUUACAGACGCACUUAACUGGCUCAGAAAACCAAGUGGAACUAAGCCCCGUUCUGAAUAACUAUCAAGCGAGUUCAAGCUUUUACAAAGGACAAGAUUUUUCGGAUUUGUAUGCUGUGGGUAUUGGCGUCGACAUAAGCCCGUACAUAGAAACAAGAGACCGUUUUAUGUUACAAACUAUAGGAAAGCAGGACCCAAUAGACCCUAUAGCUCUUUCUAGGAGACGUGGACGAUGUUUUGCAGAAAGAUGUGGCCCUGAACCUUCGUCAGUUCCGAACAUCUCAAGUUUACAGACAUUACAUCCUAUUGUUAACAACAUAACAGAGCUCGAUCCUAUUGUUAACAACAUAACAGAACUCGAUUCUAUUAUUAACAGCAUAACAGAACUCGAUCCUAUUGUUAACAACAUUACAGAAAUCGGUCCUAUUGUUAACAGCAUAACAGAACUCGAUCCUGGAGGAAGCGUCUCCACGAGCCUUUUAUCACAUCGGUCAGCAGACAUCUACGGAAAUGGAUUUGAUAACGUCAGUCUGUUAUCUGUUUGUCUCGGAGACUUUCGACAGGAUACCCCUGGGGGUGUGCUGGAAGAUCUCGACAACUUGAUCGACGAACUUGGCACUGAUUAUAUAAACCAAGAAUCGUCACAUAGCAUAGGCGACCCAGUGGAGUCAUACACUUUUGUGAACCAGUUUAUGAACUCUGACCGGUUGCCAAACAUUAUGUAAAUGUAGCUUGUUGUAUUCAAUGUUUUGCCAUCCAGUAUCGAUGCCAUCGAAAGCCAAUAUUUUCAACAAAUUCUCAGGCAGCCAUAUUGUAGGUCAAAAUACAGUCGUCGGAUCCUAAUCGAAAACUAACGGUAACCGUAUUAAACGUAUAUACUUCUCAAGCUUUAUAAUCGCUUUACGAUGACCAGCCUUGUUUAAAACUAACUUUUCAAAACAAUAGGGGACUUGCGCUAAGAGAUCGCAUGACUGUUUGGGGGGCAAACUAGCGUGCGCUCAGGCUUUUGGCGGCAAAAUAACAGCAACGCAAAAAACACACUUCAAUGUGAAUUGAAUUUUUUUUCGAAAGGGUUUAGUUUCAUUGAAAGAUUGUAUUUUUUCGUCGUUCUCUGGUGUGACGGGCGCAGUCAUUUCUUUGUUUAUUUUGGUUUGAAUUUGCCACCCAGAAAGGUCAAGUGAUCUCUUAGCGCAAAUCCGUUGAACUAACGCUGGCCGUUACCUGUUUUCUUCGCGCCUCAAAAUGAAGCUAAUUAGGGUUCUACAGAUUUACAACAAUACUGCAUGGGAAAAAUACUGCUAUAGGAAAAAGAGAAGGGACUGCAUUAGGCUUUUUGUUUAAUCAGUUAAUUCAUAAUAUACUUAAGUGAUAAGAAGAAAAUUUAGACGAAGCACCGUGAAAUCAACCAUGCCUAUUUUGAGAGUGCUAAGGACCCAGUGCUAAGGAUCAGGGACGGCGAACUUUGUUUGCUUUUGGUUCACAGGGGGUCCCAAGGUUGUUCCAGGGAUUUGGUAUUCUAGACCAUGAGUAUUCCAGGGAUUGGCUAAAAUCUUUCCAGGGAAUUUUUUGGUCCCGCCAAGGUUAUUCCAUGGACUUGCUAAGGGUAUUCAAGGGCCAGGUUAUUCUACGGAUUGCCAAGGGGUUUCCAAGAAUUUGCCAAGGGUUUUCCAAAAAUUUGCCAAGGGUUUUCCAGGGAUUUGCCAAGGGUUUUCCGGGAAUCUGCCAACGGUAUAUUGGGAAUUUCCAGGGUUUUCGUUUGGUUUGCAGUGUAAUCAUAGCUUGCAGUGGGUUUAUUCUCUACACAGGCAAUCAAAUGCACGUAAACCAGAUAAUAUCGCAUAGAUACCUGCACUAAAGAAAUGAAACAUAUUUACAUUUUUAAUUCCCUGCCCAAGCCGCUGGGUUGCUUUGAAUUAGACCCCACAAGAAACUGCUAUAGAGCUUUUAACUAGCAUUCUGUUUUUGUUAUGUGUUUUUUUUAGCCUGUACUUCAUAUAUUUCGUCCAGGAUUCCGGCAAGGAUUCCAGACGGUUUUUUGCGUUCCUUGUUGUUGAAUUGAAUAUUGCUGUUUUGGCGCUACUCGUAGUUGCGGCCGAAUUACGGGUCUAGCGAAUUGAGUAUUGCGGUUUUAGCGCUACUCGUAGUUGCGGCGGAAUUAUAAGUACGCUCCGUGGCCAGCUUAUAUAACACAAAGUCUGCUUCUACGAACAGCCCAACAAGACAAACAGUCGAGAAAACUACGCACACAAGGUUUCCCAGAUGCUAAAAAAACAACAGCCAUUGAUAAUUGAUGAUAUCAUGCACUAGAACACAGAUGCACAUAGAAUAUUUAAGUUGUCACCUUGUGAGGUAGCGACAGGUAUCUUUUCAGGUGGAGUGUCUUGGUAUCUCGGCGCUGUCAUCUUGUCCUUGGCUGGGAGGUUCACCCAAAGUUGGAAUCCCUCAUAUUUCCCACCUUUCUUAGUAAACUCGUCAGUAGGCAUUUCACUAUGGAUCACGCCUGACCCAGCUGUCAUCCACUGCACCCACCCUUCCUUCAGCACGCCGUAAUUCCCAUGACUGUCUUGAUGCAUGUUUUGGCCUGGAAUAAAAAGAAAAAAGAACAGUUGGCACCACCA